CACCUACUGCACCACCCAAUGCAAAAUCUUAGUACACAUUUUCCUCUCUCUUCACCUAUCAACAAAAAGAAAACGUUUCGCUCUCCAUUUUCGCCGGAGAGUUGAAAAAAUGCUGACGCUUUAAGAUUUUCCCGAGAAAAUGACAGAAAAUAAUUACUUGUAUUGAAAAAUAUUCAAAAACCAUCGAAUCUGAAAAGUAUUCAGCGGCAAGUGUUUCAUGGUGCUAAAUUUAUUGUGGUCAAUAGCUAAGUGUUGAUUGAGGGAAACGAUUUAAUAAAAGGUCGUAAAGUAUUAUUGACCAAUGCUUUCAUGUCUUCUAAUUCAGCUGUUAGACUUAGAUGGAUGCUACUUUUUUUGAACCAAAAUAUACGAUUGCCAUCCGAACUGAUCAAUAUCCUUUGCUGAUGGAUCCUAUAGAUAGCCAUAAUGACCGUGAGCUCAUUAUUAAUAUGACAAGAAAUGAUGAUGCUUUAUCGACCUCAUCUCUUGACAGUCAUCCUUCUGAAAGAGAUUUGCCUCAGCAUGAUGAUAGCUCAAGCAGCACGCAUGGUUCCACUCAUCAAAAUUCUUCAUCUUCCUUAGAUAGAUCGAACUCUAGAAAUUUAGUAUCUGGAAGGAGAGGAGAUGGGAAUGAACGUCGGCGUAGGAGUCCGUUGAACUCUGGGUUAUGGAUUUCCUUCGAGCUACUUGUUACUGUGGGUCAGAUUAUAGCAUCUAUCGUUGUCUUGUCCUUAUCAAGAAAUGAAAACCCGCAAGCCCCAUUAUUUGCAUGGAUUGUGGGUUAUGCAUCUGGUUGUGUCGCAACACUUCCCAUUCUUUAUUGGCGUUUUCGUAACCGCAACCAGAGUUUCCAGCAAGAUUCUGUUCAGUCUCUUCGAGGCCCUACCCAAAGCAAUCCGCCUGAUUCUACAGCUUAUACAGCCAUAUCAGUUACUCAAGCUUCGGAAGAGGAUAAUUUUCCCUCAGCUGCCUCAACAAAUGGUCAAAAUGCAAGACCCUUAAGUGCACGGCUUAAUGGAUUAAUGGAUCAUUUGAAGAUGGCGUUAGAUUGCUUCUUUGCAGUUUGGUUUGUUGUUGGCAAUGUGUGGAUUUUUGGAGGUCAUUCUUCUCCUUCCGAUGCUCCCAAAUUGUACAAAUUAUGUAUAGUGUUCCUUACUUUUAGCUGUAUAGGAUAUGCAAUGCCAUUCAUACUAUGUGCAACAAUUUGUUGCUGCUUGCCUUGUAUAAUAUCUUUACUGGGUUUCCGUGAGGAUUUUUCUCAAACUAGAGGUGCUGCUGCAGAAACCAUUAAUAGUUUGCCAACCUACAAGUUUAAGUUACAGAAGAGUGAGAGUGUCGAUGAUGGUGACGGCUCAGAGACUGGUGAAGGUGGAGUCUUGGCUGCAGGGACGGAAAAGGAGCGUGCAAUAUCCGGUGAAGAUGCGACUUGCUGUAUAUGCUUGAAUAAAUAUGCGGACGAUGAUGAGCUGAGGGAGUUGCCGUGUUCUCAUGUGUUCCAUACGGAUUGUGUGGAUAAGUGGUUGAAGCUUAAUGCAUCAUGUCCCCUCUGUAAAAGUGAGCUUGGUGAAAGCAGCAAUAUUUUGCCAUCCACCAGAAACUCCAGCUAGCUCUGAUGGUACGUCAAAUGUUGUUCAUAAAACUAAAAUUUUGUUGUAGAGCCGUGUAAAUGGGAAUAGGAGGAGGUUGUUUCACUGUAGCUUUAGUAUUAUAUCUAUUGUUUGUAUUUGCAAGAUACAGAACAGGUAAACCUGAUAUAGCCUAUACUUUGGUGCAAAUAAUAAAUUUAUUCUUUUUGAC